GGGGCAGCCCGGGCAUGGGGGAACCCGAGCAGGAAUCGGAGCCGAUCCGCCUGAAGUGCAUCCGCCGGGAGGGCUUCUUCACCGUGCCCCCGGAGGACAGGCUGGGACAAUGUCGGAGUGUGAAGGAGUUCGAGAAGCUGAAUCGGAUUGGGGAAGGCACUUACGGUAUUGUGUACCGGGCCCGAGACACUCAAACGGAUGAGAUCGUGGCGCUGAAGAAGGUGCGGAUGGACAAGGAAAAGGAUGGCAUCCCCAUCAGCAGUCUGCGGGAGAUCACUCUGCUCCUACGGCUUCGGCAUCCCAACAUCGUGGAGCUCAAAGAGGUGGUUGUGGGAAACCACCUGGAAAGCAUCUUCCUGGUGAUGGGUUACUGCGAACAGGACCUCGCAAGCCUCCUGGAGAACAUGCAGACACCAUUCUCCGAGGCUCAGGUGAAGUGUAUCAUUUUACAGGUACUCAAAGGCCUUCAAUACCUCCACAAGAACUUCAUUAUCCACAGGGAUCUAAAAGUCUCCAAUCUGCUCAUGACAGAUAAGGGCUGCGUCAAGACAGCGGAUUUUGGGCUGGCUCGUGCGUACGGAAUCCCUGUUAAGCCAAUGACUCCCAAAGUGGUGACCCUGUGGUACCGGGCUCCUGAACUACUUUUGGGAACUUCAACCCAGACCACAAGCAUUGACAUGUGGGCCGUGGGCUGCAUCCUGGCAGAGCUGCUGGCACACAAGCCCCUCCUCCCGGGAAGUUCGGAGAUCCACCAGAUCGAUCUGAUCGUGCAGCUCCUCGGGACGCCCAACGAGACCAUCUGGCCGGGCUUCUCCAAGCUGCCCCUGGUCAACCAGUACAGCCUGAGGAAGCAGCCGUACAACAACCUCAAACACAAGUUCCCGUGGCUCUCGGAGGCCGGGCUGCGCCUCCUCAACUUCCUCUUCAUGUACGACCCCAAGAAAAGAGCCACAGCAGGAGACUGUUUGGAAAGCUCUUACUUCAAAGAAAAGCCCCUGCCCUGUGAACCGGAGCUCAUGCCCACCUUCCCCCACCACCGAAACAAGCGGGCCGCUCCCGCCGCCCCCGCCGUCACUGCCGUUACCGGGGCUGAGACUCAGAGCAAGCGCAGCAAACCCUGAAGCUGGACAGGUGAUCCGGCUGACGUGGCAUUACCAGAUCAUCUCCAUCAAAGCAACGGGGUCCAAAACUGCAAAGAACCUUUGGGAAGAUUAGUAACUGCUGGUUGCCUUAGGAACCAAAAGUAGAAGGGUCCCCUUCUGUGGUGUGAAUCGCUAACCCCUGGAUUCUCCCUCCCUCGCCGCUGUGGUCAGGGGCUGUGCAUUUAGCUCUGAGGCUGGGAUGGGGGGAGAGGACAGUGGUUUCCCCCACCCAGAGCAGGGCCACGUCACCCUCGUUGCCGGUGAGGUGGAGCGUGGCAGAUCGCAACCAAGCCCAGCCGAUCUUGCUGCGGUUUCCCCCCUUGUCUGGCCCAGCUCGUGGGCAAAGGGGGAAUUCCCAACCAAGGAAAUUGCUCCAUCACUCUGAAGCAGAGCCCUGAAGCCUAGCAUCAAUGUCUCCAGAUCCCCUCGCAGGCCACAGCUGAGUUUUCCAGAUCUCCUGUUUGCGUCAACUCACUGAUUGUGAAAGCAAGGCCUCCACUGCUUUGUCCGGCACCGUAAAGUUGAACGGCUAUUAACUGCUCAACAGAGGUGGCCAGACAGCUGCCGCUGCCACCGCCCAGGAGAUGGAGAGGAGAGACCACACGUGUAAAGGAACACAACUGUCUUAUCAAGUAAAGUUUUCAAAAGGUU